GUGUUAGUGAGGGAGGGAGGAUGGUGGCCGCCGCUGCGCCGACUCUCGCCGGCUCAGGUUGUCGUGAGGUGCGCUUCGUCGAGAACGGACGUGCCGCUGUGCCCUUUAGUGUCGACCAACGAACACUUUACACACUGUGAAGAAUGUGCUUGUAGCGAAAACCGUCACAAGUCCAAGAGGGCACCCUAGAGCGAGUGAACGAGUGUACAAAGUGAAGGUAGCCUAGUGGCCUGUACAUAAGUGUACAUAGUGAUUGUUGGCGCUGGUGGUGAGCCAGCGUACACUGUUGUACGUGGAUACUGUGUAUCCUCUGUUGCCGUCCUCAGCAGCGCCCACGCCCGUCACUCCAGCAGCCAUGGCCGAUACGGGCAGAACAGAUUCUUACCGGCACGCCACCGAUCGAACCAUCCCUGAUGAUAACCGAACCGUGAAAGGGGACCCCAAGUCAAAAAAGAAAAUGCCUAAAGCUAAGCCUAAGAAAGGGGAAAAGGAUAUGGAGAAUCUGAAGCAGGAGUUGGAACUUGAUGAGCACAAGGUCCCAAUUGAGGAACUGUUCCAGCGACUUAGUGUGAACCCUGACACAGGCCUAACACAGGCAGAGGCUAUCAGACGUAUUGAACGAGAUGGUCCAAAUGCCCUAACCCCACCCAAGCAAACUCCUGAAUGGGUUAAAUUUUGCAAGAACCUCUUCGGUGGCUUCUCUCUCCUCCUGUGGAUUGGUGCCAUUCUCUGCUUCAUAGCAUAUUCCAUUGAGGCUGCUUCAGAGGAAGAACCCAACAAUGAUAACUUGUACCUGGGCAUUGUACUCACAGCUGUCGUCAUCAUCACAGGAGUCUUCUCAUAUUAUCAAGAGAACAAGAGUUCCCGAAUUAUGGAGUCAUUUAAAAACAUGGUUCCUCAGUAUGCUAUUGUGGUACGUGAAGGAGAAAAGCAGAAUGUUCAGGCCGAGGAGCUUUGCAUAGGAGACAUCAUUGAGGUGAAGUUUGGUGACCGCAUUCCUGCUGAUGUCCGUGUCAUUGAAGCCAGGGGAUUUAAGGUGGACAACUCUUCACUAACUGGAGAAUCUGAACCACAAAGUCGUUCUCCUGAAUUUACCUCGGAGAACCCCUUAGAGACCAAGAACCUUGCUUUCUUCUCCACCAAUGCUGUAGAAGGUACUGCCAGAGGCAUUGUGAUCAACAUUGGCGACAAUACAGUCAUGGGCCGCAUUGCUGGAUUGGCUUCUGGUUUGGAAACCGGUGAGACCCCUAUUGCCAAAGAGAUCAGCCAUUUCAUCCACAUCAUUACUGGUGUAGCUGUGUUCCUUGGUGUUACCUUCUUUAUCAUUGCCUUCAUCAUGGGCUAUCACUGGUUAGAUGCUGUUGUGUUCCUCAUUGGUAUCAUUGUAGCAAAUGUGCCUGAAGGUCUUCUUGCCACUGUCACUGUGUGUCUGACACUCACAGCCAAACGAAUGGCUGCCAAGAAUUGUCUUGUCAAGAACUUGGAAGCUGUUGAAACUCUAGGGUCCACCUCAACCAUCUGCUCUGAUAAGACUGGUACCUUGACUCAGAACCGUAUGACUGUAGCUCACAUGUGGUUUGACAACACCAUCAUUGAAGCUGAUACAUCAGAAGACCAGUCUGGCUGCCAAUACGACAAGACAUCAGAAGGAUGGAAGACUCUGUCUAGAAUUGCUGCUCUCUGCAAUCGUGCUGAGUUUAAAGCUGGACAAGAGAAUGUCCCUAUCUUGAAACGUGAAGUGAAUGGCGAUGCUUCUGAAGCUGCUUUACUGAAAUGUGUUGAACUUGCUGUUGGAGACAUAAAGGGCUGGCGAGCACGUAACAAGAAGGUAUGCGAGGUUCCAUUCAAUUCCACAAAUAAAUACCAAGUAUCUAUACAUGAAACCGAGGAUAAGAAUGACCCUCGCUACCUCCUCGUCAUGAAGGGAGCCCCAGAAAGGAUCCUGGAACGCUGCUCGACCAUCUACAUUAAUGGAGAAGAAAAGGCUCUUGAUGAAGAGUUGAAGGAAUCAUUCAACAAUGCUUAUUUGGAACUGGGAGGUCUUGGAGAGCGUGUACUUGGUUUCUGUGACUACAUUUUGCCUUCUGAUAAGUAUCCUCUUGGAUAUCCCUUUGAUACAGAUUCUGUAAACUUUCCAGUACAUGGCUUGCGGUUUGUAGGUCUUAUGUCCAUGAUUGAUCCUCCUCGUGCUGCUGUACCUGAUGCUGUAGCAAAAUGCCGAUCAGCUGGAAUAAAGGUUAUCAUGGUUACAGGUGAUCACCCUAUUACUGCCAAGGCAAUUGCAAAGUCAGUUGGUAUAAUUUCUGAAGGUAAUGAAACUGUUGAGGAUAUUGCACAGAGAUUGAAUAUUCCUAUUAAGGAAGUUGACCCUCGUGAAGCCAAGGCUGCUGUUGUCCAUGGUUCAGAACUGCGAGACAUGACCUCUGAGCAAUUGGAUGAUAUUCUUAUUCAUCAUACUGAAAUUGUAUUUGCCCGUACUUCACCACAACAGAAACUGAUUAUUGUUGAAGGUUGUCAGCGCAUGGGUGCGAUUGUUGCUGUAACUGGUGAUGGUGUCAAUGACUCUCCUGCACUAAAGAAAGCUGACAUUGGUGUUGCCAUGGGUAUAGCCGGAUCAGAUGUGUCCAAGCAGGCUGCUGAUAUGAUUCUGUUAGAUGAUAAUUUUGCAUCCAUUGUUACUGGUGUUGAGGAGGGAAGACUUAUUUUUGACAACCUUAAGAAGUCUAUUGCCUACACCUUGACCUCCAACAUUCCUGAAAUCUCACCAUUUUUGUUCUUCAUGAUUGCCUCUGUGCCUCUACCAUUGGGUACUGUUACUAUCCUCUGCAUUGAUCUGGGUACUGACAUGGUGCCUGCCAUUUCCCUUGCCUAUGAAGAAGCUGAAUCUGAUAUUAUGAAGCGCCAGCCCCGCAAUCCAUUCACCGACAAGCUUGUGAACGAGAGGCUCAUCUCCAUGGCCUAUGGUCAGAUUGGUAUGAUCCAGGCCUUGGCAGGGUUCUUCGUGUAUUUUGUCAUCAUGGCAGAGAAUGGCUUCCUCCCAGAUGUUCUCUUUGGUAUUCGUGAAAGGUGGGACUCAAAGGCUAUCAAUGAUCUGGAGGACCACUAUGGCCAGGAAUGGACUUACCACGACCGCAAGAUUCUUGAGUACACAUGCCACACUGCUUUCUUUGUUUCCAUUGUGAUUGUGCAGUGGGCAGAUUUGAUCAUCUGUAAGACACGUCGUAAUUCAAUUGUUCACCAGGGAAUGAAGAACAUGGUGCUCAACUUUGGCCUGUGUUUCGAAACUACUCUAGCCGCCUUCCUCUCCUACACCCCAGGAAUGGACAAGGGUCUUCGUAUGUACCCACUCAAGUUUUAUUGGUGGCUGCCAGCACUCCCCUUCUCACUUCUCAUCUUCAUUUAUGACGAGUGUCGACGAUUCAUUUUGCGCAGGAGGCCAGGAGGAUGGAUGGAAAUGGAAACCUACUAUUAAGUUUAUUGAGCAUAAGUUAGAAAUACAUCAGCAGCAGCCUCCCCAAUAAUGGAAAUUUAUUUGUAGUUGAGCCUGAGAAUUUUUAGUGAAGCAGAGUGUUGGUUGCUCUGUAAUGUGCUCUCCUGUAUGAUUCCAUAUUUAUGUGUUACUUACUGAGGAUUUUAAUGUCAUUAUGGUUGUUUAUAAUUUUCCCCAUUGUUAUAUAUAAGAUUUGCAGUAAGUAACAUAGAGAUAUUUGUACAGAAUCCUGGUGAAGGAUGUAAUAAAGACAAAAGUGACACUUCAAGAAUGCACCAGAACUUUUAAUUGAGGUUUAAAUAACCUCUCUUAACUCCUCUUCCAGGUUGCAGGUGUGAGAAAGCAAAGAGUCUCGUGAAAAUUAUGAAAAAGGUAUUAUAAUUGAUAAUAAUUAAGAUAAAAAAAAUAUAUAAAUAUAUAUAAAUAUAUAUAAAUACAUAUAAAUACAUAUAUAAAUAUAUACAUAUAUACAUUAUAUAAAUAUAUAUUUAUAUAUAUAUAUACAUAUAUAUAAAUCCAUAUAUAAAUACACAUAUAUAUACCUAAAUAUAUAAACAAAAUUUAUACACAUACACAAAUGGUAUACAUACAUACAAAUACACAUUUAAUGUCUAUUCAGUGGCUCAAAAGAUUAUAAUCUACAAUGGUCUGAGGUUUUGAAAGGGAAACAUUGCUUUCUCACACCUGUAGCCCUGGUGAAGUUUGUCUCAUCUGUUAAAAUUUUGUGUAAAUUUUAGUGCACAUGAGUAGAAGUGUGAUGGCUACAAAAUUGGAGCCAAAAUAAAGUGUAAAAAAUAGUGUAGAUAGUCUAUAGACAGCCCCAAUCUUCAUGAAACUACCUAGUUUGCAAGACUGUUUUCAUAAUGAUCAUAAUCAUUUAUUCAGAGUAGAGUUGUUACAGCUGUACUGCUCAAACCUUGUCCCACAAUCGUUGAUUAAUGUUUUAAUGAUUAAGUUUAUUUUAUGUUAUCCCUCAAUGGACAUGUAUAAACAUUUUUGCAAAUGUGCAGUAAAAUCUGAGAAUACAUUUUAACCUAAAAAGGAAAUAAGUAAUUUAAUUUUAUCCCUUUACACAGUAAUGCCUUAUAAUCUGCUCUAAACAUUGCUUUGGUUUGUGAAAUUUGUCUAAAGUGACACAUUGGGUCCAUAACAUUCCACACUAAAGUCCUGUAUCAGCUUUUCAUCGUUUCCGUUUUUAUUCGUUCUAGAAGCCUGUCAUUGGUAGAGGUAGUUUUUCAUCUAGAUAAAAGGUAUGCAAAAAUUCUUAGCUCCAAACCUUUAUGCUUUGUACCUUGAGUAAAGCCCAUUUAGAAAGUGUGCAUGUAUUAGAACGAAUGCAUGACUACAAUAUAAUAAAGUACUGAUUUUCUUCAUUGUUAACCCAAGAGCAUUCAUCAUAACAAAAUUGAGCCUUCUACCUCUGUAGUUCCUGCUCAGCUUCUACCAAGUCAUGUUGAAGCUUAGUUUUUGGUGUAAACAGAUUUAGUUUGUGUGUAGAUGAAUUAAGAGUGGUUGAAAAAUCUGGUUGUCUAAUGUUUAACCAUUCAGAAUGAAUCUCAGUGUCAAUAAAACUGACUUGUGUUUACCACAAAAACUGUGCUGAAAUUAGCUGCCAGGUGUAGGAUCUCGUUGUUUUAGUUUAAAUUAUUUGAUCAUACUGUAUGUGAACUGUUGGAGGUUUUUUGUCGAGACUUGUGACAAGCAAGGAACCAUUGCCUCUGCGUGACCUGCAGCAAAACACUGUGGUUCAGUGUGGUAGCCAAUAGUGUGAUUUCAUUUUCGUCAUCCUUCCAAGCUUCGUACUAAAGCAACUAGCUGUGGGUCGGCCUUUGUACAUAGGAGAUACAGAUAUCAUAAUAAUUAAUAGUAAGAAUAUUAAAUAUCAAGGCAACUAUAUCUUGUUAUAAAGCAGCACUAAUGUCACACAUCUAUUUUUCUUGAUGGAGGCAGGGGAGGAGCUUACGUGUGUUCGAUUAGAAAGACUAAUUUUGGGGCACCAGGAGUGCUCACACCAUCCAGAGGAUACUAAGGGAAUGUCAUUUUGUUCCAGAGUUAAGUUUCAUGUUAUUCCCUGCCUCAGUUUCCAUGUUCAUAAAGGGAAAAUUUUGAAAAGUGGUCACAAUAUUAUCAGUUAUUUUAAAAUUCAAGACUGGAUCCACUUAUCGUUGGAUUCAACAAUAAAGUGUUUGAAAAA